AUGAAACUCCAGACAUCUGCCCUUGUUUUCUUCCUCCCCGCAGUCUUGGGCUGGUGGAACUGCAACUUGCCCGCUGGCACUGGAGACUAUGGCACCUGCGUUGAAGAUGGAAAUGCUGGAACCGCACUCCCUUGUACCAACGACCAUCCCUGCAAGAGGCAGGGCAACGGAUGCAUUGACGUUGGCGGUGCUACUGCCCACUUCUACACCGACAAGGAAAACUGGAAUCAAGCUAGGCUUUCUGGCGUUGGUACUAUCAAUAAUGAUGGAGCAAAAGCUCCUAGGGACUCCAAGCGUCGCUUUGACGAUGACGACAUCCAGCCGACAGACUUGAUCACGAUGGAUUUAGCCACCAGGUCUUUCAACAAGUUCAUAGGCCCCAACCCAUCUGCCCAAGAGCCGGGAUUCUGGGGCUUUGGGUUCCAUGCGAGUUGUUGGGGUAUCCUCACACACCUCUUCCAGCCUAACCUCAACGACCUUCUGCAGGCGUGCCUCUCUUUCCCACUCAGAGACCGUGGCAUCCUUGACUGGGGACACACCUAUGGCGGAGCGAUAGUAAUCAAAGAGGACGAUGGUCUGCCUAUGCUACUACCACGGUACUUCAGGGGGGCCAACACAAUGGACCCUAUGCGUCAAGACCCUUUCAACCUUUCUGCGAUACUAGAGCUGGCGAGAUCUGCGAUACCCGAGCACCCGAUUGAUAAGACCAGCGCAAUCGAGGUCUCUUGUCAGGCCUCAGGCGUUGAUCCCUUCAACUCAUUACCACCCGAGCUCAUUGCGGCGAUUCUAGAGUUUGUGCCAUCUCGUUAUGUGUUAUGUGUGAAGCUUGCCUCACGUCCGUUCGCGGCUUGCCCAUUGACAGAAUCGUUUUGGGCGUCACGGUUCCUCGAGGGGAAUGAUUUUCACCAUGUGUUUGAGGUGUGGAAGUCGAAGCCCAAGUCUUGGGCAAGUAUGCACCAGGCUUUGAGGGGCAUCAGACAUCAUCGCAAACUACUCAGCCGAAAGCGUGUCUGGGAUCUAUCUCUGAAAUUGCGAGAUCUAUUGGACCAGUUGAUGCCAAUUUGUCAUGGAGAUUCUUUGCACAGCUAUUUUGAACCAGUGGGAAACCAUGAUCACCUGGACUGGCAAGUUGCAAGUCGAGGUCUUGCAAGACCUGAAGACGAGUUCAGGCAAGGUACUAGGUCUCUUCGAACUCGAGUUAUCGACAUCCCACAAGAUGUUCAGGAGGUCUUCAUCAGCUUCGUCCAGCUUAGCCUUGGCGAGUUCGUUUCUGGUAUUCGAUUUCAGCGUCAGAAUGGGGAAGACGUACGAAUUGGGUACACUGAGGCUAGUCGAGAAUUCCCUCUUGGUAUUCCAUCUGGUCUUGGAAUUCGCGGCUUGUUUUUGGCGUUUAGCGAAAUGGGUGUUCAAGCCAUCUCCGCGCUGAUGGAAGACGACACUCGUUCUCCUUGGAGAGGCGCAGAACAGGGGCUUCCCAAAAUGCGGUUGAGUACGAUGUUCAGACUGACCGCACUGAAAGGAGAGUUUGAUGCCUUCAAGCUGGUGGCUCUCAGCAUCCCUAUAAUCUCUACCAACAAGAUUCCACCCCAGGAGACACACUUAUGGGACGACAUCCCACCAGAUCACCUUUGUCUCAAUGGAAGUGACGACGACUUUCCCAAGACCGACUACCGGCACAUUCCUUUGCCGUACUCAACUGUGUUCUUUGGUGGAACUUACGGACAAGACCUGGCCCAGCUUGUGCAAAUCAGAUGGACAUUUUAUAUCGAUGUGAUUUCUGCUCUGCAGUUCAUCUACACGGAUUCCUCAAAGAACAAGUAUUUUGGAGGAAGAGAUCCUUUCGCAGAAUCUGGAAGAGAGAGGAGACCUACAAAUGUUCGGGAUAAUGAACAGCUCUUCUCUAUUGACGGACCAGCUGGGGAACUCAUCACAUCGAUCGAGGUCCAAGGUGGCAAGGACCGAGUCGAGGGCAUGACUCUCAAAACCAACUUUGGAAGAAAGGUUACGUUCCCCCAGAAUUAUUUGAGGGGCGGCUCCGCCUGGACAGUCAUUGAACCUGAGGGUGAUGUGAUUGUUGGAUUUUAUUCUGUUGUUGUGAGUGCCUUACCUCAUGAAACUAAGUGGCCCCUAACAACGUUUAGGAACGCGGCUUGA